AUGGAGCCUUUGGGUCUCGCAUUCUCGAUUGCGCCCUUACUGGGAGGUAGUAUGAAGCUCGUACGUUUCUACCGCGGAUUGCAGCGUGUCCCGGAUGACCUCGAUCGAGCGGCAGCACGUUUGGAAAGGCUACACAAUAACCACGAAACCCUGUCGCUCUUCUACAGCAACCUUCCAGAGGAGUACAGACAAUUUGUUCCGGACCCAGCUAGGGCGAGCGUUUUGUUGUCAGAAUCACUACCCAAAGCACUCACGAAGCGCUCUAAGAUAAGUUGCUUGCGUUGGUUGACAGGUGACAGAGAGGUAUUCGAAAGACUAGCGUCAGAAGCGGAAGGAGAGAUCUCAAUGGCUGGAUCUCUUUUGCAUAUACAACUGCUUGCCGCACAGACGGCGAACGGGCUGGUCCACGAUCAGCUACCGCGUUUAGAAGCAUUCCCAGACCCUCAAGAAACGGAAACAACAGUCACCGAAGCGAAGAAGUGGGUCGUCACAAAAGAGAAUGGUUCUCUUGUUACAUUUCCUCUCCACUAUUGCUCGUAUGCUGGGAUCUGGAUCUUGCAAAAGACAUACCGUGUUUUCAAUCUGCAUGGCAACUUGUCGUGGAUUGUCGAUUCAAUUCCGCUUCUCAGGGUCGUACCUGCUCGCCAUGGUACGACGCAGAAUUUGCCCCAGCUUCUCAUGUACAUGGCAAGUGCUGUGCAUCGUCUGGCCUGGCGAGGCUGGCUGGAAGCUUUACUCAGCAAAGGUCGCCUUCUGUAUUCGCAUGAGGUGUCUCCAGAACAUGAAUUCCUGAGGGCUUCUAAAGAGGGGGAUGUUGUGAGGAUGCAGCAACUUCUUGUUCUGCGAAAGGCUUCUCCAUUUGACACCACUGCGGAAGGGAUCACAGCUUUGUGUCUCGCAAUCCAAUAUGGUCGACAUGACGCUGUUAAACUACUCCUUGCUCAAGCGGCGCUCGUAGACCGAGCCUUCGGCGUCAAACAGACGUCUCCACUGUGUUGGGCACUUAAGCACAGACAACUGGAGAUAUGCAGGACACUUCUGUCCUAUGGGGCUUCCCUCGAUUAUUCUACUCUCCACAACUGGUCCCCGCUAUACUAUUUGUGGCCAUGGGACAUGGCAGAAGGCUUCCGACAUCCCCCAGCAGCCGAGUUCAUCACCAUGUUACGCGCCAGAGGCGAAGAAUUUCACCUGUUACACCAUAAACACGUAGACAAUCAUGGCUGGAGCCUCAUGCACCGUGCGGCAAUCUUCGCCGACCCAGCUGACUUGCAACUGCUGAUGGACUACGGGGUCGAUGCCUUUGAACCUGAUUCUGAUUUUGGCUGGACGCCGCUGCAUUUUGUGGCCAAGUACGGCAUCCACGAGAAUUUUGCCACUCUCUUCAGGGCAUACGAAAAGAAACUCGGUUCGAGUGCUGCACGUGAACUCCAAGACUCCAGAGGUUGGACUCCUUUGCAUCUAGCCACCUCAAAUGGCCAUUUCGAGCUUGUCAGGACCUUGCUGGAUCUGGGAGCCGACCGAAAAGCUCGGACGGAAGAGAUCAACGACAGAAAGAUGCCGGAGAGCAUCCAGGGUAAGAGAUGCUCACCCCAGGAGCUGGCCUGGGCGUUUGGUGAGUCGCGCGGUCAUUGUUUUGAAGAUUUAGCCGCUGCAAUUCCCGAAGAUCAAUGGACCGACGCCGCUGAAUAUCCCGAGGAAAAUCUUUGCGCAAAGCCUUUCAAACUCCCCGGACAGUUGUCGAAAGCAGUGGUGAAGAAUAUGGCUUCCUUCGUCCGUCGGUUCCGCCAGUCCUGA